AUGGGUUACGAAUCUCAAAUAUCGUUCACACUAGAUACCAUCUGUCCAUGGUCUGCUCAGCCGAGCCGCCUGUUACUUGAUACACAUCUAACACGAUGGCAGNNGACCUAUCUCGCUAGGAGGCGACUCGCAAAAGCGCUUGCGCAGGUCCGAUCUACCGAGCCAGGAGUGACGUUCACGGUCAAAUAUCUCCCCUACCAGCUAUACCCCAAUGCGCCGCAAGAGGGCGAAGACAAGUACGCUUGGUAUCGUGACGCCAGGUUCAACGGAGACGAAGAGCACAUGCGCAAAUACGUGGUGCUCAUGACAGCAUACGGCAAAGCUGAGGGCAUUGCAUACAAGUUUGGUGGAAGAGUAGGCAACACACUUCAAGCGCACCGCAUCAUUCAGCUCGUCCAAGAGACCAAAGGCGCCGGAGUAGCGGAGAAGGUUGUCGACAGCCUAUACAAGCAGUACUUCGAGGAGGAGAAACACCCUAGUACCACAGAGACUCUGGUGAGAGCAUUGACCGAGGCAGGGCUCGGCGAGACUGAAGCGAAGAAGAUGGCCGAGGAUGAAGAUGAAGGGUUGAUGGAUGUCAAGAUGCUGAUCCGAGAGCAAGCGGGCAACGGAGUGGACGCCGUGCCGUACGUGGUUUUCGAAGGCAAGAGACGCGACUUUACGCUCGAAGGCUGCAAAGAAGUCGAAGAGUAUGUCAAGGUGUUGCAGCAGGUGUCCAAGGAGAGUCGUUAG